CCCCCCCCCCAGUGAGGGAAGUUAGACAUUUUUUCGUCUCACAGUGAAAUUGUUGCCAUGUUGCAUGAGCUCGGUGUGCGCGCGCUGGAGUUUUGACAGCAAUGCGAGCACACUUGGACGUGGGAUUCCUGCAGCUGCGCGUGCACACACACACACACACACACACAAGCGAGCGCGCGGGCACACACACACUCGCACACGGGAAAGGAGAGGAAAGUGGACGAUUAGCCAUUCGUCAGGCUUUUAGGAUCGAGUAGUAAAGAUGCAGAACUAGCACAUUUCGUCUUGAGAAGAGUGGACAGAAGGUCACCCGUGUGCCAUGGCUCAGUUCAGGCUGCAGAACGUGGAGGACUUCUAUGAGAUUGGAGAAAUGCUGGGCAGUGGACACUUCGGGCAGGUGCGGGAGCUGAGAGAGCGAGCCUGUGGCACUUGCUGGGCAGGGAAGUUUGUGAAGCUCCGUCGGAGUGUGAGUAGCCGUCUGGGUAUGGAGAGGAAGAGCGUGGAGCGCGAGGUGGAGAUCCUGCAGAGUCUGCAACACAUCAACAUCAUGGCCUUACGAGACGUUUUCGAAAGCCGGGCUGAGAUUGUCCUAGUGGUGGAACUUAUCCGAGGUGGAGAGCUUUUCGACUUCAUCGCUGCGAAGGAGAACCUGACGGAGAAUGAGGCCAUCGACUUCCUGAAGCAGAUUCUGAAAGGCGUCGGCUUCAUGCACAGUAAACAAAUCGCCCACUUCGAUCUGAAGCCUGAGAACGUCAUGCUGUCAGAUAAGAACGCGGAGCAUCCUGAGAUCAAGAUCAUCGAUUUCGGACUCGCCCACCGCUUUCUAGCAGGAGAGGAGUACAAGAGUCUGAGUGGAACUCCUCAGUACAUAGCUCCUGAGGUGAUAAACUACGAGCCGCUGAGCAUAGCCACUGACAUGUGGAGUAUUGGUGUUAUAACCUACAUACUACUGGGCGGUAUAUCGCCUUUCCAAGGAGAGACGGACGGGGAGACACUACGGAACAUCGUGGAAAUGAAGUACGACUUCGACGAGCAUUACUUCAGCCAAACGAGUGACAUCGCCAAGGAUUUUAUCGAGAAGCUGCUCGUGAAGGAUCAGAGUGAGAGAAUGACAGCUGAGGAAUGUUUACUGCACCCCUGGAUCAAGCCUCUGACUCGUAAGCAGGCAGCUAACAGGAGUCGCUCAUCCAUCAACAUGAAGAACUUUAAGAAGUUCAACGCCAGGAGAAAGUGGAAGAUGUCCUAUAACUUGGUGUGGGCGUGUAACCGACUGUCCCGUCUGCAGCUGCUCUGUAAGAAGGCCAAAGAGGACGAGGAGCUGAGAAGUUGCGAGAGCGACCAGGAGGACACGGAGAUCAAGCCGGCCUCGCUCAUCCGCCGCAGACUGAGCAGCAGCUCCUGAACCUCAGCUCCGUCUUCUCCUGCGCCCCGCCUCAGAGGAAACGUGUCCCCGGGUCACGCAGGACCUCGGAGCUCUCCAGCCGUGCGCUCUUAUUUAUUUCACCUGAUGCACACAUUAUCCAGAUGUGUGGAAUGAGUGUUGCAGUGCACAUGGCAGCCAUGUGUGCAAAAAUCAUUACACAAUUUCUGUGAACUGUUUUAUUUUUUAUUUUUUGCACAUUUCAUAGAUGUGUGAGGGUUUCAACACACACACACACACACACACACGCACACACACACUGUAAAUACCCUUCUGUAAGGAUUAAUAUGAACCAGUGUCAUACAUGAAUAGCCUUAUGAAGUCUGUUUUGAAGUGUCUUUGGUUUACAUUGACUUUUUUAUAUGUUUGGGUUUUUUGGUAUGUUUUUUCUAAAGGAAAACUAUUCAUUUGAAGAGAUAAGCUGUUACACACAAACUGUUCGAGUGUCAUGUGAAUACGACAAAAAAGCUGUGUAGCUUUAAGGUUAUUUUUAGUCCAAGACAGAGUGCAAAAGACUGACGGCCGCUUUUUGAGGCUUGGUGUGUUUUGUCAGGUUCUGUAAUCGUAUCUGAAAAGCAAGGAGGAUCAAGUAAGCUCACCCUGCCUUAUUUUAGAUAUAUCUUAGAGCAUAGAUUAUUAGAUUUUUUUUUUAGAUUAUUAGAUUAUAUUUUAAGCCAGGUUCACAGCUGUGUUUAGACUAAGGGUUUUUGUUUUUGUAUCAUACAUUAUAUUUCCAAAAGUUUUGAAACAUCUAACUUUACAUGCGCAUGAAUUUCAUUUGGAGUUGGCCCGCCCUUUACAGCUAUAACAGCUUCAUCUUUCCACAAGGUUUAGGAGUGUGUUUAUGGGGAUUUUUGACCAUUCCUCUAGAAGAGUGUUUGUGAGGUCAGGCACUGGGAAGGUCUGGCUCGCAGUCUCCACUCUAAUUCAUCCUAAAGGUGUUCUAUCAGGUUGAGGUCAGGACUCUGUAAAGUUCCUCCACACCAAACUCGCUCAUCCAUGUCUUUAUGGACCUUGCUUUGGUCACUGGUGUGCAGUCAUGUUGGAACAGGAAGGGGUCAUCCCCAAACUGUUCCCACAAAGUUGGGAACAUGAAAUUGUCCAAAAUAUCUUGGUAUGAAGCUGAAGCAUUAAGAGUUCCUUUCACUGGAACUAAGGGGCCGAGUCCAACCCCUGAAAAACAACACCUGAAUUCAGUGAUUUAAAGGGGUGUCCCAAAACUUUUGCCAAUAUAGUGUAUAAAACAUUUCUGAUUGUUAUUCUUCAAAAUAGUGCUUCUUUUGAACCACCUUUAAAGAUGCAGCUGUACUCAGGACUCUAAACUUGUCUAUAUAUAUAUAUAUAUAUA